CUCGGCGGGGCGAGCGCGACCAUUUUGCGGGGGGGAGCGGCGGGAGCGGGACCGGCACCGACACCGGGGCCGCCAGCGGGAUCGGGGAGCGACACCGCGAUCGGCGCCGGGGCCGGCAUCGGGGAGCGGCACCGGGGGCGGCGGCGGCGCCUGACGGGGGAGCGGCGGCUCCGCAGGCGCGGCCUGAGGCGCUGGGCCCAGCGCUCCCGCUCGCUCCGGGCGGCCUCAGCGGCCCCGGCGGCCUCAGCGUCCCCGUUAGCUCCGCGCCCAACCCCGCGCGGCCCGAAGCACCGGGAGGAUGUCGCGGCCCGUCAGGAACAGGAAGGUGGUGGAUUACUCCCAGUUUCAGGAAUCAGAUGAUGCUGAUGAUGAUUAUGGAAGAGAUUCAGGUCCCCCAUCCAAGAAAAUCCGCUCAUCUCCCCGAGAGGCCAAAAACAAGAGGAGAUCUGGGAAGAAUUCUCAGGAGGACAGUGAGGAUUCAGAAGACAAAGAUGUGAAGACCAAGAAAGAUGAUUCACACUCAGCAGAUGAAGAUUUUGGCAGUGAAGACGAUGACGUAGGAGCCGAUGACGGCAAAGCCGACAGCGACUACGAGAGCUCCCAAAAAAGCAAAAAAGGAAAGAAGGCUAAACCAGACAAGAACAAGAGAGCAGCCUCCAAAUCCAGGAAAAGGCCUGCAGAGGACAGCGAGGAUGAGAAGGAAGAUCACAAAAAUGUUCGUCAGCAGCGGCAGGCGGCGUCCAAAGCAGCCUCCAAACAGAGGGAGAUGCUCAUGGAUGAUGUGGGCAGCGAAGAGGAAGAGCAAGAGGAUGAUGAGGCACAGUUCCAGGAGACAGAUUCAGGAAGUGAUGAAGACUUCCUCAUGGAAGAUGAUGAUGACAGUGACUAUGGCAGUUCAAAAAAGAAAAAUAAGAAGGUCUCCAAGAAAUCCAAGCCAGAGAGGAAAGAAAAGAAAAUGCCCAAGCCCAGGCUAAAGGCUACAGUGACCCCCAGCCCAGUGAAAGGCAAAGGGAAGGCAGGUCGCCCCACAGCUUCCAAGGCAACAAAAGGAAAAACCCCAUCCCCAAAAGAAGAGGAUGAAGAGCCUGAAAGUCCCCCAGAAAAGAAAAAAUCAGCCAGCCCUCCACCAGAAAAGUCAGGGGAUGAGGGAUCUGAAGAUGAAGCACCCUCUGGUGAAGAUUAAAAUGGCAGUUGAGGAAAAAAAAAAAUCUUUGUUUAAAAAAAAAAAAGAGGAAAAAAAAAAAGAAAAAGGAAAAGAAAACAAUACUUAGGGGUAGAACACGGUUUUGGCUGUGGCUUGACUCAUGGGCUUUGAAUGCUGUCUUUACUUUCAGCUGUUUAAUACAGUGUAAUUCUUUUUUAAUAAGAGGAAACCCUUCUACAGUAAGAUUUUCAAGUCAGUGUUCUCUGUUGGCCAUUCCGUUCUCCCUCCCCUGCCAAAUCUGAAAAGCCAUUUGAGACAAAUUAACAAACCAUUCAAUAUUUGAUUUUUAUUUUUUUUUCCAAGGGAUACUGCAGUUGUGAAGCAAUAAGGUUUGAGACUGAUCUAUGGAAACCAUACUUACAAAUCCUUAAGUAGAAUAGAUUUUUUUCCCAGUGCUGGUAAGAGCUGUUUAAAACUAUUAUUCUGUAUUUGGAAUAUAUGGAGAAAAAAAAAAUAAUGAAGCUUUGCUUUAACAGAUUUUGAGAUGAGUUUACUCUCAGCAAAAAUGUAGUUGAGCUCAUUCCAGUGGAGAGGAUGGAGCACAGGGAGGAAUCCUGUGUUUCUUGGAUUCAGGCACGUUUUUCAUGGAAAGCAAUCAAGAAACUCUGAGAUGCUCCAGUGUCUCUGAUUUAAAAAAAGACCCUCCAGUCAGGAUGGGAGAUCUUUUGUCUCUGCUGGAUAGAAAGCUCUUCUGCUGGAGGCAAAUGGCAGCCCAUUCCAGAGAAAUUCAGAUUUUCAACUUACAGCCUUCCCACGUCCACUCACCCUUCUUUUAUUCCUUCUCUAGAGGGGCAGAACAGGGGAGAGAAAUGACAAAAUCAUUUUUAAACCUGCUUUCCAUUGGGUAUCGUGGGAAAUGUUUUUAUUACAGAUUUUUUCCAAGGAAAAAAAAAAACAAACCAAAAACAAAUUAACAGAUAAUGUAAAAUGAAAUCCUUCAGCUUUUGGGGUGAGGGAUGUCCUUUUGGGGUAUGAGCAGAGGGUUGCUCUGGUCACUGGAGAUGCCCUGAGCCAGCCCUGGGUGUUCCUUUCCCUCCUGUGCCCUCACAGAGCCCCAGGGAUCCCGGGCACAGCGGGCACGGGGCACUCCCUGUGCCCACCCUGCUCCUGUGGGCUCUGUGGGGUCAGCUCCCCUCAUUCCUGUAGGGUCUGUGGGGUCAGCUCCUCAUCCCUGCCUGUGGGAUCUGCUCCCCUUAUACCUGUAGGAUCUGUGAGAUCAGCUCUCCUUUUGCCUGUAGGAUCAGCUCCCCACCCUUCCUGUGGGAUCUGUUUCCCUCCUGCCUGUGGGCUCUGUGGGAUCAGCUCCCCUUAUACCUGUAGGAUCUGUGAGAUCAGCUCUCCUUUUGCCUGUAGGAUCAGCUCCUCACCCUUCCUGUGGGGUCUGUAGGAUCAGCUCCCCACCCUUCCUGUGGGAUUUGUAGGAUCAGCUCCCCACCCUUCCUGUGGGGUCUGAGGGAUCUGCUCCCCUCCUGCCUGUGGGAUUUUCUCCUCACCCCUGUCUAUGGGGUCUGCUCCCACCCUGCUUCUGGCAUCUGUGGGAUCAGUUCCCCCCAGGUUCCUGUGGGAUCUGAGGGAUCAGCUCCUCACCCUUCCUGUGGGAUCUGCUCCCCUUCUGCCUGUAGGAUCAGCUCCUCAUCCUUCUUGUGGGGUCUGAGGGAUCUGUGGGGUCAGCUCCUCACUGUGGAUCCUCUGGGAUCUGUGGGGUCAGCUCCCCCAUGUUCCUGUGGGAUCAGCUCCCACCAUUCCUGUGGGAUUUGUGGGGUCUGUGGGAUCAGCUCCCCCUCCCUGGGGGUCUGAGGCCGGGGCUGCAGCAGCUGCAGGGAUAUUUUUGCUGGGGUAUUUUAUUUUUUUGGGAUAUUUUUAAGGGAUAUUUUGCAGUGGGGCUGUCCCUGGCGCAGCAGGACAUCGUGUGUGUGCUGCCAUUUGAAUCUCCUUUUAUCCAAACAGCCAAAUCCUUUCUGUCAUUUUUUCUGUCAUUUUUUAUUCCCUGAACUUCACGAAACUCCACAAACCUCAAUUUUCACACCCUCAGACUCUUUCCUGCCACGUUUAUUGGUGGAAACAUUAAAAACUGGACCUGCCAUUUUUAUUUUGAUUUUUUUUCCUUAAACCCUCUGUGCUUCUGUCUGUCGCUCACCUUCUCUUCCAGCUUUUCAUCCUCCUUGGGGUUUUGUUUGCCUUUUAUUUUUUUGUCCCAGAACUCCCCAUUAUUAACCAGCCUCUGGAAGGUGACAUAAGGCAGCUAAUUCAGGAAUUUGGGAUUUCUGGCGGCAGCAGAUUCUGAAUCCUAUUAGGGAUUUUGGACAUUUCCUAGAGUUAUAAACUAAAAAUGAUCAGGAAGGACCCUGAAUCCAGUUCAGGUGGGGAAUGGAAUAUUCCUGCAGCACCUCAGUGAGAUUCCCUGGGUUUUAUUGAGGCUGUUAAAUCCCUUUUUCUUAUAAAAAUCAAAUUUCUCUAACAUUCUUGACUCUCAUGGAACUACUACACUUACAAUAAAGAUGAUGUUGUUUCAUUAUAAAUCUAUUUUUAUAUUUUUUUUACAAUAGUUUGAUUUUUUUUAUCAUUAUUAAUUUUUUUUUUCCAGAACAGCAUCAGGCUGCAGGGAAAUCUCAGUCUUGAAAAAGAAAAUAUUAAUUCCUUCUCUUUUCCCACAGCUCUGCUGGAUUGCUGGGAGAGCAGAAAUUCCCUCAACUUUCUGAGGGAAUUUUUGGGAAAUUCUGACCACAAAUUUAAAAAAUAAAAAAUUUGGGAGUAGCAAACAUUUGUGCUACUUCAACUUUUUGGGUAAUUCUGGGAAAUUCUGGCCACAAAUUUAAAAAAUAAAAAUUUGUGCAAAUCUCUGGUUCCCAGAGCUGUUCCCCAAAAUAUUUCAAGCUGCUCUUCUGCAUUGGGUUUUUUAGGAUUUUCUUUAAAUUCAGCUGUGCAGGGAGAGUUCCAGGGGAAUCUGGUUCUUCACCUGCCACACCUGAUGUUUUCUGAAGUGAAUUUUGAAUUUCUCAAGUUUAUUUUGUGGUUUUCACCUCAAAUUUAUUUUUUGGUUGCUUCAUUUAUUUUUUUUCCUAACACGGUUAAGAGAAGUUAAAGCUGUGAAAAUCCAUUUUCUGUUCUUUCAGUUCAGUUUUUGGGUUGUUUUAUCCUUUCCCCUUUAUUUCACAGAACUGUUCUGCCUCUCCCACGUUCAUUUCUGGUCUCACAACCCAAACCCCAUAAAAAUCCCAGAUUUUCAGGAUUUUGUCACUUUUCCAAACCUGUUUUGCUGAUUGGUACAAACUCUGAGCCCUGAUGGUCUCUGUUAGAAAUUUCCCAUUUUUACAGACAGGUGCAAAUUAUCAAGGUGAAUAUUUCUAUUAUUUUGAAUAUUUUUAUUUUAAAAUACAUAAUUUUGCAGCAGACUUCACCUUUUUAAUUGCCACUUUAAUUGGAAUUAAUUUGUAUUAAAUAUUCUGGAAGGAAAAUUGGGAAAAAUGCCUUUCUUUAGGAGCACCAAGAGAUUUUUAUGGAGCAGAAAGUUUCAUUUACAGGAGGAGGAGCCUUUGAAAAGAUUUUGUCACUUUUCCAAACCUGUUUUGCUGAUUGAUACAAACUCUGAGCCCUGAUGGUCUCUGUUAGAAAUUUCCCAUUUUUACAGACAGGAGCCAAUUAUCAAAGUGAAUCUUUCUAUUAUUUUGAAUAUUUUUAUUUUAAUAUACAUCAUUUUGCAGCAGCAUCAGGCUUCACCUUUUUAAAUGCCCAUUGGAAUUAAUUUAUAUUGAAUAUUCUGGAAGGAAAAUUGGGAAAAAUGCCUUUCUUUAGGAGCACCAAGAGAUUUUUAUGGAGCAGAAAGUUUCAUUUCCAGGAGGAGGAGCCUUUGAAAAGAUUCUCUGUAGUUCUGGAGCCUUUGCAGAGAGGUAAAAUUGAUUUAUUCCAAAAUUCACUCAGUCUCCAACCCUGCCCUGGUCUUGCUUUUAAAAUUCCACGAUUUCCAUCCUGUCCCUGAAUCCACAGCAGCACCUCCAGCUCUGGUUUCUGCUUUGGAUUUGUCAAAAUCAGGCAAAAUCUGCAAUUCUGUGCUGAAGGUGGUUUGGUUCAGUUCCAGGGGGGUCAGCAGGAAAAUGAUAACUGAGUUUAGGGGGUCAGGAGGAGCUCAGAAAUGGGGCAGCUGAGGAGCUUUUAAUCAAUUUUAAAUUUUUCAGGGCGGAGGGAGAGGCACAGUGCAAAAAUCUGAAAUUCCUGGGUGGUUUUUUUUUUCUUUUUUUUCCCUUUUUUCCCCCUUUUUUUAAGAAAUAUUCCCUCCACCGAUGCUCACAAAGGUACAAGAGCCCCUGAGGCAGCCAGGUGAGGGAGGGAAGGAAUCUGUACCACGCUGGAAGCUUCUGGAACUGUAGAGAAAAAAAAAAAAAUAACAAAACAACCCAACAAAAACUGGUGCUUUGCUUUUCUGUCCUUUUUGGUUGUGAAGUGUUUAUUUUUCUAACAGAUCCUAGCGUUGAACACACGGUUCCUAAAAGCUACAAAUGACCCAGGAGUUGGGAUAUUUGAUGGAGAAUUCAUUCACCUCUUGGAAGGGGGGGAGGACCUGGAGCAGUUUUGGAGGGACCUCGGUGGCAUUUUGGAUGUGUGGAUUUGGGCAGGGGGUUGCUGUCACAUCCGUCACCUCCCAGUGAUCGGUUCUGUGGUGAUCUGACCAAAAUGGAGCUGUGAGCUGCAGUUUCAGGAGGUAAAUCCCAGUGCUGAUGGAACAGAAGCUGUCCUGGAGGAAUUUUUGGGGCUUUUUUGAGCCUUUCAGAGACCUCCCCAAGGCCCAGCUUAGCUCUCAGUUCAGUCCCACCUUUCCCACUGAAUGGUUUAUCAUGGAACUCAUGGGAUUUUUGGGGGGUCCAGCCCAGCCCAGCCCCAGCAUGCUCAGUGUGACUGCAAAGCGCCUGUGUGCGAACGCUCUGUACAGUGGGGCCAGGGUUUUUUAUAUAUAUAUUUUGGGAUUAGGGGGAGGGAGGGAGGGAGGGUGAAGAUCCUAAAAUCAGCUUAAGCCAGACUUAAAUGUGUGUAAAAAAAAAAAAACAAAAAUAACAAAAAAAACCCCAAAAUCUUCGGUGUGUGAGUGCGCGAGCGGGAGCGUCUGCCAUCCCAUUCCCUUUGUGUUCUCAGCAUUUGUGAGGUUUUAUUUUCUUUUUUCUUCUUUUUUUUUUUUUUUGUUUCCCCCCUCCCCUCCCCUUCCUGCAGAAGCAAUUGUUAC